GGACGGUGCGGCAUGGCCGGGGUGCUGCGGGUGCCCGGUUGGGUCCUGGUCGCCCUGCUGCUCUGGGUGGCCAAGGCAGAAGCAGCCACCGGGCGGUGGUGCGAGCGGACGGUGCAGGUGACGGCGGAGGAGGAGGUGACGCCGCGGCGCGAGGACACGGUGCCCUGUGCCAGCCUUUACCACUACAGCCUGGUGGGCUGGCGGAUCGACCGGGACCGCAUGCGCCAAGCCUAUGGUGGGGACCGCGGUGAGCCCCCCCGCGACACCCAGCCCGGCUCCGGCACCCCCCUCUGCUACAUCUACAGGCCCCCGGAGACGCGGCCGGUGGUGUGGAACCGCACGGUACGCGCUUGCUGCCAGGGCUGGAGCGGACCCCACUGCACCGAAGGCGAAGGCUCGCUGGGGCGCUGCUACGGCACGUGGCAGUGCCAGGACGCCGCCGGCAGCCGCAACCUCUCUGCCAUGAGCCUGGCCGAGUGCUGCCGGCACCCCUGGGGUCACAGCUGGAGGAACGGCUCCACCGCACCCUGCCUCGCCUGCACCCACCUGCCCCUCGCCGGAGAGGCGUCCCCCCAGCCGUCGCCUGCCGCGUCCCUGCGAGGACCGGCCGCCCGGCACCGGGGCCCCUCCGCCAGCUGCCUCGCCUGGGCCGGAUCCCGCUACCGCACCUUCGACGGGAGGCACUUCCACUUCUCCGGCGAGUGCACCUACAGCCUGGCCACCGCCGCUGACGGCACCUGGGCCGUCUCCAUCACUGCUGGCAAUCCCCGGGCGCUGCACGUGACCUUCGGGAUGGACACGGUGGCGGCCCGGGGCCGAAACAUCUCCGUGAAUGGCGUGGCAGUGCCGGAGGGACAGCCGUACCUGCACAACGGGAUCGGCGUCACGUGGCUGGGUGACUGGGUGGCCGUGGCGAGCGGGCUGGGCGUGCGGGUGACCUCGGACGGGCGCCAGGCGGUCACCGUGACGGUCGACGCCGAGCAGCGGGGCGGCACACGGGGGCUCUGCGGCCCCUACAACGACGACCCUGCCGAUGACUUCCUGCGGCCGGGGGGAGACGUGGCCCCCUUUGCCGCCAGCUUUGGCAACUCCUGGAAGAUCCCGGAUGCCGGCUUGGAGCCCGCCUGCAGGGACGCGGCAGAGCUCGGCCUCGGCUGCGCGGCGGGUGACACGGUGCGGCAAGCGGCCGAGGCCAUCUGCGGGAAGCUGCUGGCCGAGCCCUUCCGCCAGUGCCACGGCGAGGUCGACCCCGGUGGUUUUUAUGCGGCGUGCCUGGAGGUGCAGUGCCGGGAGGGGGACGCUGGGCUCUCACCGCCACCGGCCGUCUGUGACACCUUCGCCGCCUACGCGCGGGACUGUGCCCGGCACCAAACCUACGUCGACUGGCGCCAGCCGGGCUUCUGCGAGCGGCGGUGCGGUGCGGGGAAGCGGUUCUCGGACUGCGUCUCCUCCUGCCCCGCCAGCUGCGCGGCCGUGGGCAGCGCCGAGGAGGGGCCGUGCCGCGAGGACUGCGCCGGCGGCUGCGAGUGUGCGCCGGGGCUCUACCAGGACGGGGGGCUCUGCGUCCCCCCGAGCGCCUGCCCUUGCCACCACCGCCGCCAGCGCUACGCCCCGGGCCAGAGCAUCCGCCAGCGCUGCAACCAGUGCACGUGCCAGGGUGGGCACUGGCUCUGCAGCCAGGACCGGUGCCCGGGGGAGUGCGCGGUACUGGGGGGCCGCCACUACGUCACCUUCGACCGCCGGCGCUUCUCCUUCCUGGGCGCCUGCGCCUACACCCUGGUGCAGGACUUCGUGGAGGGGCAGCUGCUGAUCACGGCCGAGCACGAGGCUUGCGAUGGCCGCCGGCCCCUCGGCUGUCUCCGGUCCCUUUCCGUCAGUGCCCGCCGGACCUCCGCCCGCCUCCGCGGCACAGGCGAGGUGACGGUGGACGGGCGGGAGGUGACGCUGCCCUUUGCCGGCGCCGAGCUGAGCAUCCGCCGGGCGUCCUCCUCUUUCCUGCUGCUCCAGACCUUCGGGGCCCACGUCCUCUGGGGGCUGGAGACCCCCGCCGCCUACAUCACCCUCCAGCCUGCCUUCGCCGACAAGGUGCGGGGGCUCUGCGGCACCUACAACUGGAACCAGCAGGAUGAGUUCACCACGCCGGCGGGCGACGUGGAGACCAGCAUCACCGCCUUCGCCAACAAGUACCGGGCGUCCGGCGACUGCCCCGUGCUCAGCCCGUUCCCCCUCGAGCCCUGCGGUGCCUUCGCCGGGCGGCGGGAGCUCGCCGAGGCCGCCUGCGCCGUCCUGCACGGCCCUGCCUUCCAGCCCUGCCACCGGGUCGUGGAGCCGGAGCCCUUCCUCCGGCUCUGCCUGCACGAUGCCUGCGCCUGCCGGGGCGGGCAGCGCUGCCUGUGCCCGGUGCUGGCUGCCUACGCCCGGCAGUGCGCCCGGGAGGGAGCCGCGCUCUCCUGGAGGAACCAGAGCUUCUGCGGCGUGCCGUGCGGCGGGGGGCAGCAGUACCUGGAGUGUGGCCGUCCCUGCGGCCAGACCUGCGCCGACCUGCGCCUGGAUGGGGACAGCUCCUGCCCCGACCUGGACGGGCUCUGCAUUCCCGGCUGCAACUGCCCUGCUGGGCUGGUGCUGGCCGAGGGCGGGCAGUGCGUCCCGCCGGGCGACUGCCCCUGCCGCCACGGCACCCAGCUCUACCCUCCCGGCAGCCAGAUCCGCCGGGGCUGCAACGCCUGCAUCUGCGCCGGCGGGUCCUGGCGCUGUGCCGAAGCCCCCUGCCCCGUGGCCGCCCUCUGCCCUGGGGGGCUGGUUCAUGCCCCGGGGUCCUGCCUGCGCCGCUGCGACGGCGCCGAGCCCAACGGCACCUGUGCCGGCAUCGCUGACGGCUGCGUCUGCCCUCCUGGCACCGUAUUCCUGGACGGUCGCUGCGUGUCCCCGGAGGAGUGUCCCUGCCACCACGGCGGGCGGCUGUACCGGCCCAACGACACCAUCGUCCGGGACUGCAACACCUGCGUGUGCCGGCAGCAGCGCUGGCAUUGCGGCCGGGAGGAGUGUGCGGGGACCUGCGUGGCCACAGGGGACCCCCACUACGUCACCUUCGACGGGCGAGCCUUCUCCUUCCCGGGGGACUGCGAGUACCUGCUGGCCCGCGAGACCGCCGGCCUCUUCACCGUCACCGCCGAGAACGUCCCCUGCGGCACCAGCGGCGUCACCUGCACCAAAUCAGUGGUGGUGGUGAUGGGCAACACCGUGGUGCACAUGCUGCGGGGGAGGGACGUGACAGUGAACGGGGUCUCGGUUCGACCCCCCAAAAUCUACAGCGGGACCGGGCUGACGCUGGAGCGCGCCGGCCUCUUCCUCCUCCUCCUCCUCUCCCGCCUGGGGCUGGCGGUGCUCUGGGAUGGAGGCACGCGGGUGUACGUCCGGCUGGAGCCGCAGCACCGGGGCCGCGUGGUCGGGCUCUGCGGGAACUUUGAUGGCGACGCCGAGAACGAUUUUGCCAGCCGGCAAGGGGUGCUGGAGCCCACCGCCGACCUCUUCGGCAACUCCUGGCGCCUCAGCCUGCUCUGCCCCGAGGUCGACGGCGCCGACGCUCGGCACCCCUGCACCGAGAGCCCCCACCGGGCGACGUGGGCCCGCAGGCGCUGCAGCGUCCUCCGGCAGCGGCUCUUCGCACCGUGCCACGACGCGGUGCCGUGCCAGCGCUUCUACGACUGGUGCGUCUUCGAUGCCUGCGGCUGCGACUCCGGGGGGGACUGCGAGUGCCUGUGCACGGCCAUCGCCACCUACGCCGAGGAGUGCGGCCGGCGCGGCAUCCACGUCCGAUGGAGGAGCCAGGAGCUGUGCCCCCUGCAGUGCGACGGGGGGCUGGAGUACAACGCCUGCGGCCCCCCCUGCCCCCCCACCUGCCGCAGCCUCGGUCGGGAGCCCCCUGAGCACUGCCAGGGCCUGUCCUGCCAGGAGGGCUGCUUCUGCCCCCCGGGGAGGGUCCUGCACGAUGGCGGCUGCAUCGAGCCCGCCGAGUGCCCGUGUUUCUGGGACGGCUUUGCCUUCCCGGCUGGUGCCGCGGUGCAGCAGGGCUGCAAGAACUGCACGUGUGCGGCGGGUCGGUGGCAUUGCCCGUCCUCGCCGGAGCCGUGCCCGUCCAAGCCGCGUUGCGCCGAGUGGGAGUUCGCCUGCCGCGCCGACGGGCGCUGCGUGCCGGGCGCCUGGGUCUGUGACAACGAGGAGGACUGCGGGGACGGCUCGGACGAAGUCUGCGCCCCGCGCUGCGCCCCGCACCAGCACCGCUGCGCCGGCGGGCAGUGCCUGGCCUGGGGCGCCCGCUGCGACGGCGUGCCCGACUGCCCCGACGGCUCCGACGAGGACGGCUGCCCCCCCUCCACCUGCACCCCCCCCGAGUUUGGCUGCGCCAGCGGCCGCUGCCUCCCCCCGGGACGCGUCUGCGACGGAGAGCUGGACUGCGGCUUCGCCGACGACUCGGAUGAAGCAGGCUGCAGCCCGAGCUGCGAGGUGGGCGAGUUCCGCUGCGCGGUGGGCCGGUGCGUGCCAUACCCUCACCGCUGCGACGGCCGCGACGACUGCGGUGACUUCAGCGAUGAACGCGGCUGCGUCUGCCCCCCCGGCCACUUCCAGUGUCCCGAUGCCCGGUGCCUGCCCCCAUCCACCGUCUGCGAUGGCCACCGCGACUGUGCCAACGGCACCGACGAGGCUUUCUGCCCAGACCGGGUGACCUGCGCCCCCGGGCAGCUGCCCUGCCCCGACGGCUCCUGCAUUGGCGAGGCCACGGUCUGCGACGGCCACCACGACUGCCGGGAUGGCUGGGACGAGAGCCCGGCGGGGGUGCGCGGCGGCACUGGCCGCUGCCGUGCUCACCACCCCCGCCAACGCCUCGUGCCGGCGUGCGGCCCCUACGCCUUCGCCUGCGGGAGCGGGGAGUGCGCGCCGCGGGGCUGGCUCUGCGACGGCGAAGCCGACUGCCGCGACGGCAGCGACGAGCUGGGCUGUGCCGGCGGCUGCGAGCCCGGACACUUCCCCUGCGCCCACGGCACCGACUGCGUCCCCUACGGCCACCUCUGCGACGGCGUCCCCCACUGCCGCGACCGCUCCGACGAAAGCACCGACCGCUGUGGCUCAACCGCCAUCCCGCCGUGUCCGGGGCAAUUUGCCUGCGACGAUGGCGUGUGCCUCAACGCAUCGAGGGUCUGCGACGGUGCCACCGACUGUCCCCGGGGCGAGGACGAGCUGGCCUGUGAAAGCCACGUCCCCACCGGUGGGAGCAACCGGACGGGGGGACCCUGCGCCGAAUACACCUGCGGGGAGGACGAGUGCGUCACCUUCCAGCAGGUGUGCGACGGGGUGCCGGACUGCGGGGCCGGGGGGGGACCACCCCAGGACGAGCAGGACUGCGGGGUCUGGGGGCCCUGGGGGCCCUGGGGCGCCUGUACCCGCUCCUGCGGCCCCGGCUUGCAGCAGCGCACGCGGGGCUGCCAUCAGCACCGCCCCGGCGUGCUGCACCGGUGCCGCGGUCAGGCCGCGCAGGAGCAGCAGUGCUUCAGCGUCGCCUGCCCCGUGGACGGCGCCUGGAGCGAGUGGGCGACCUGGUCCAACUGCACGGGGGGCUGCGGUGGGGUGCGGCUGCGGCGGCGGGACUGCCGGCCCCCCCAGAACGGUGGCCGCCACUGCGCCGAGCUGCCCGGCGCGUCCCCCGCCACCCUCGAAAUGGGCGCCUGCGAGCCGGGGGGCUGCCCCAACGCCUCCGCCUGCCCCGGGGGGCUGCGGCCCCGGUCCUGUGCCCCCUGCCCCGCGUCCUGCGCCGACCUCGCCGCCGGUGCUAAGUGCCGGCAGGACCGACCCUGCAGCCCAGGGUGCUGGUGCGCGGCGGGGCUGGUGCUGGAUGCCGGCAGCGGCCGGUGCGUGCGCCCGCGGGAGUGCCCCUGCCAGGUUGGGGGGCUGCGGUACCGGCCGGGGCAGCCGGUGAAGGUGAACUGCCGCCUCUGCACCUGCCUGGACGGGCAACCGCGGCGCUGCCACCAAAACCCCGACUGCACCGUGCACUGCGGCUGGUCGGCGUGGUCGGCGUGGGGCGAGUGCCCGGGUCCCUGCGGCUCCCAGAGCGUCCAGUGGUCCUUCCGCAGCCCCACCAACCCCAGCCGGCGCGGCGGCGGCCGGCACUGCCGCGGCAUCUACCGCAAGGCCCGCAGGUGCCAGACGGCGCCGUGCCGGCACUGCCGCUACCAGGGCCGGCGGCGCGUGCCGGGGGAACGCUGGCGCGGGGGGCCCUGCCACGUCUGCCAGUGCCUGCCCAGCCUGGCCGUCCGCUGCUCGCCCUACUGCUUCCACCGUGCCGCCGGCUGCCCCCAGGGCCAGGUGCUGGUGGAGGGCCACGGGGACUCCUGCUGCUACUGCGCCCCGGCGGGUGACAACGGGACAGCCAUCCCCCCCACGCUGACGACGGAGCCCCCCUCCGCCACGCCGGCAGAGCCCCCCGGCAGCCCCCUCCUCACCUUCCCGCUGCCUCCCCUCGGCGAUCCCUGCUACCGCCCGCUGGGCAUCGCCUCCCUGCCGGACAGCAGCUUCGCCGCCUCCUCGGAGCAGGCAGGGACCCCCGCCCACGCUGCCCGCCUCCACGGCGGUGACCCCGGGCAGGAGCUGCGGGGCUGGGCCCCCCCAGACGAUGCCUACCCGGCGCUGCUCUCCGAGCCCCCCUUCCUGCAGCUGGACCUGCUGGAGCCCACCAACAUCACCGGGGUGGUGGUGCAGGGAGCCGGCUCCUCCGACGCCUUCGUCACCGCUUUCCUGCUGCGGUUCAGCGCCGACGGCACCCGCUGGCACCGCUACCGCGAGGUCACCGCCGACGGCCGGCCUGAGGCCAAGCUCUUCCAGGGUAACUGGGAUGCCGGCACACCAGCGGUGCGGCUGCUGGGCCGCAUGGUGCAGGCGCGGCACGUCCGCAUCCUCCCCCAAGACUUCCACAACCGCAUCGUCCUGCGCGCCGAGCUGCUGGGCUGCCCCCCAGUGUCCCCUGCCCGGCUUGGGGCCGUGACGGUGACGGUGCCGGUGAUGCCGGUGAUGCCGGUGCCGGUGGUGCCAGCGACUGUGCCGGCGACGCCAAGCCAGCGCCCCUGCGGCGUGGGGGAGUUCCGGUGCGGGAACGGGGGCUGCGUCCCCGGGGGUCCCCACGGUGCCCUGUGCGACGGCAUCGAUGACUGCGGCGACCUCUCGGACGAGCUGCCCUGCGGGCUGGCCCCCCCGGUGACCACCCCGGUGCCCGGGCUGUGCCCGCCGUCCCACUUCGCCUGCCCGGGCUCCGGCGGCUGCCUCCCGGCAUCCCAGAGGUGCGACGGCAUCGCCGGCUGCCCCGACGGCGCCGAUGAGGCCGGCUGCGAGACCCCCGGCACUGGCAGCCCCACGAUGCCCGCGGCAGCCGGUGUCCUGGUGCCGACCACCCAGCCGCCAUCGGUGCCCCCGGCCACGGCGUCCCCCGGGACGGGCGCCUGGCUGACCCCCAAAGGUGCCGAGCCCACCCCCCCAGGGCAGCCAGGGGCCGAGCCCCCCCCCCAGCCCCCCACUGUGGCCGAGGUGCCCCCCAGAGCCGGAGCCACCAGCCCCGCGGUGCCGGGGGGCACGGAACCAGCACCGGCCAGCCUGGGGGGCUCUGGGCAGCCAGAGCUGAGCGGUGCCCCCCCCGCCGGGCUGCCGGGCCCCCCUGACACCCCGACACCCGCCGGCACCCUGCCAACGGGCACCAGCCCCCCCGGGGGGCCACCCUCCUCCGGACCCCCCCCGGUGUCCCCCCGGGUCACGGCACUGCCCUCCCUGGCUCUGACGGGGCCCCCCCCCCCCCAACCCCCCCAGGGGUGCUGUGGGGCUGGGUGUGCCGUGCCCAGCCCCACACACGGAAGGGGCUGUGUCCCCCAUGCCCCCCCCCCCUUCGCUCCCCCAGGUCCCGCGCUGCCCCGGCUGCUCUGCCCACGGGGCCAGUUCACCUGCGGGGUGCUGGGCUGCCUGGAUGCGGCCCUGGUCUGCGACGGGCGCCAGGACUGCCUGGACGGCUCGGACGAGGCGCGCUGCGGUGCCCCCCCCACCUCCGCCAGCCCCCCAGCCUGGCCCCCCCCCACCUGCCCCCCCAAGCAGUUCUCCUGCAGCAGUGGGGGCUGCCUGCCCCCCGAGAAACACUGCGACCUGCACCCCGACUGCCCCGACGGCUCCGAUGAGCGUGACUGCGCCGACUGCAUCCUGUCCCCCUGGGGCAGCUGGGGUCCCUGCAGCCGCUCCUGCGGGCUGGGGGUCACCCUGCGCCGGCGGGCGCUGCUGCGGGGGGCCCUGCCCGGGGGGGGCUGCGCCCGCCCCCGCCUCGACACCCGCGCCUGCUUCCUCCGUGCCUGCCCAGUGCCCGGUGGGUGGGCAGCCUGGGGGUCCUGGUCCCCCUGCGAUGCCGAGUGCGGGGGGGGCGUGCGGAGCCGGACACGGAGCUGCAGCGAUCCCCCCCCCAAGAAUGGGGGGCAGCCCUGCCUUGGGGACACCCUCCAGAGCCAGCCCUGCAACCUGCAGCCCUGCGGGGAGCCCCCAGCCUGCGACCCCCAGAUGGUGUUUGUGGGGGCCGGGGGCUGCGAGGGGGGGCGGGUGCCCCCCUGCCCCCAGACCUGCGGGGACCUGAGCACCAACAGCACCUGCCCGAGCCCCUGCCAGGAGGGUUGCCGGUGCCCGCCGGGGCUGUACCUGCAGGACGGCGGCUGCGUCAACGCCAGCCAGUGCCGGUGCCACCUGCCGCAGGAGCACCGGCUGCCCGGUGAGGUCUUCCUGCUGGGCUGCCGCCGGUGCGUGUGCCGGGAUGGGAUGGUGACGUGCGAGGAUGUGGCCUGCGCCGUGGACUGCGGCUGGUCCGCCUGGUCACCUUGGACCCGGUGUGACGGCGGCUGCGGCGCAGGGACGCAAGAGAGGUUCAGGUCACCCUCCAACCCCGCGGCAGCUGCCGGCGGAGCGCCCUGCGCCGGGGAGGCCCGGGAGGUGCGAGAGUGCCACGAGCCCUGCGGCACCGAGCCCGGCACCGGCUGGAGCGCCUGGACGCCCUGGUCCGAGUGCUCCGCUCCCUGCGGCUCCGGUGAGCAGAGGCGGCACCGAGCCUGCACCGCUCCGGUGCACGGGGGGCCCGACUGCGCCGGCCCCCACGUCCAGACACGGGACUGCAACACCCAGCCCUGCCAAGCGCGGUGCCCGGGGAACAUGGUCUACCGGACGGCGGAGGAGUGCCGGCGCGGCGGGGGGCCCUGCCCGCGGCUCUGCCUGGACCAGGGCACGGGCGUGGAAUGUGCCGCGCUCUGCCACGACGGCUGCGCCUGCCCCGCCGGGCUCCUGCUGCAGAACCAGAGCUGCGUGCCGCCCGGCCGCUGCCUCUGCUACCACCACGGCCGCCUCUACCAGCCCGGUGACACCGCCGCGCUCGACGCCUGCAACAACUGUACCUGCACGGCUGGGACGAUGGUGUGUAGCACGGAGCCCUGCCCAGAGGUGCCGUGGGGCGCGUGGUCCCCGUGGGGCGCGUGGUCGCCGUGGGGCCCCUGCAGCGUUUCCUGCGGCGGCGGCGAGCGGCUGCGCCGCCGGCAGUGCCGCCAGCCGGCGUGCCCGGGGCUGGGCCUGCAGAGCCAGAUCUGCAACACCCAGGUGUGCCGGGAGGCGGGCUGCCCGGCGGGGCGGCUGUACCGCGAGUGCCAGCGGGACGAGGGCUGCCCCUAUAGCUGCGCCCACCUGGCCGGCCGGGUGGGCUGCUUCUGGGGGGGCUGCCAGGAGGGCUGCCACUGCCCCCCCGGCACCUACCUGCACCGCGGCGCCUGCCUCUCGGAGUGCCCCUGCGUGCUGACGGCAGAGCUCCUGCGGGAGCUGCAGAACGGCUCCGCCGCCCCCCCCGGACCCCCCCGCCCGGGCACCCCCGCGUUGCCCCUCCUCGUGCCGGGCCAGGAGCUGCCCCCGGGCAGCACCAUCCACACCGCCUGCACCAACUGCACCUGCCUGCACGGCCGGCUGCGCUGCUCGGAGCCGGGAUGCCGACGGGACGGGGGGUUCGGGCCCUGGGGUCCCUGGAGCCCCUGCUCUCCCAGCUGCGGGGGGCUGGGACUGAUGACCCGCCGGCGGGGCUGCACCAGCCCCCCGCCCGCCAACGGGGGCUGGGACUGUGCCGGCCCCCGCACCGACAGCAAGUACUGCCAGAGCCCCGACUGCCCCGCAGCAGCCGUCCCCAUACCGGAGCCUGGCCCCACCACCCCAGGCGCCGAGGAAGAGGAGGGCUUCGGCCCCUGGUCCCCCUGGACCCCCUGCUCCAAGACCUGCACCCACCCCGAGGCUCCGGCCACCAAGAGCCGCAGCCGCUCCUGCAGCCGGGCUGGGGGCUGCGGCGGGGAGAGCGUCCAGCAGCAGGCCUGCAACCUGCCCCACUGCGCAGCCGCCCCCCCAUGCCCGGGGGAGUCCUGUGCCGGCCGGGAUUGCCGGUGGACGCCGUGGGGACCGUGGGGCGGCUGCUCCCGCAGCUGCGGCGGGGGGCUGCAGCUCCGCCUGCGCGCCUACACCCCCCCCGGCCCGGGGGGCCGCUGGUGCCCCGACAUCCUCAGCGCCAAUGCCCAGCACCGCUUCUGCAGCCUGCAGGCCUGCCAGGUGGACGGUGCUUGGUCAGCCUGGAGCCCCUGGUCGCGGUGUGACCGGACGUGCGGGGGGGGUCGCUCCGUCCGCAGCCGUUCCUGCACCCGGCCCCCCCCAAAAAACGGGGGGCAACCCUGCCCCGGCGAGCGGCACCACCUGCGCCUCUGCAACCCCCAGCCCUGCGGGGAGGGCUGCCCACCCGGCAUGGCGCUGGUGACCUGUGCCAACCGCUGCCCGCGGCACUGCCGGGACCUGCAGGAGGGCCUGGCCUGCGGGCAGGAGGAGCGAUGCCAGCCCGGCUGCCGCUGCCCCAACGGCACCCUGGAGCAGGACGGGGGCUGCGUGCCCCCCACCCACUGCGAGUGCACGGACGCGGCGGGGCACGGCUGGGUGCCGGGGAGCCACCGCCGCGACGGCUGCGAGAGCUGCAGCUGCGCCGGGGGCCGCCUGCGCUGCACCCGCCGGGGGUGCCCCCCGACCCCCUGCGGCUGGAGCCGCUGGAGCCGCUGGGCACCCUGCAGCGUCACCUGCGGGGACGGGCGGCAGACCCGCUUCAGGACCCCCACCCCGGACUCAGGAGACGGCGAGUGCGGCGGGGUGGAGGAGCAGAGCCGGGGCUGCGCGCCGGGGGUCUGCCCACCCCUCUGCCUGCAGGGCGGCAGCGAGAGGCGCCUGGGGGAGAGCUGGCCGCAGGGCGAGUGCCGGCGAUGCACCUGCACCCCCGAGGGCAUCCAGUGCCAGGACAUCCCCUGUGCCGGCUCGGGGGUCUGCGCGUGGGGUGCCUGGAGCCCCUGCUCCCGCUCCUGCGGCACCGGCCUGGCCACCCGGGAGGCUGCCUGCCCCUGCCCGACCCCCGGCCCUGCCUGCAACCACAGCCACGGCCACGGCACGCGCCGGGAGGUGGAAGCGUGUUACCUGCGCCCCUGCCCAGCUGCCUGCCCCUGGAGCCCCUGGAGCCCCUGGAGCCCCUGCUCCUGCCAGGCUCCGUGGCGGCACCGGCACCGGCACCGGCUGGGCCCCUCCGGCUGCGUGGGGCUGGACGGGCAGAGCCGUGCCUGCAACAUCUCGGGGUGCUCGGAGGCCAGCUGUGCCCCCCCCUUCCAGUACCAGCCCUGCGGCCCCCCCUGCGCCCAGUUCUGCUCCAGCCUGCGGCACCCCGAGCUCUGCCCGCAGCCGCCCCCCUGCCUGCCCGGCUGCGCCUGCCCGCAGGGGCUGCUGGAGCAGGCCGGGGGCUGCGUGCCCCCCGCGCAGUGCCGCUGCCUGCACCCCGGUGGGCAGGGCAGCCCCCCGACCCUGGCUGCCGGUGACACCGUCCUCCUGGGCUGCAAGGAGUGCGUGUGCCAGAACGGGACCCUGCGGUGCAGCAGCGAGGGCUGCCAGGGGCUGCUGCCGCUGAGCCCCUGGUCGGAGUGGGCACCCUGCGGCCCCUGCCUGCCCCUGCCCACGCUCGGCCCCCGCACCCUCGCCCAGCUGCUGGCCCAGCCGGGGCGGUGGCAGCCGGCGGAGGGGACGCCGGCGGGGGUCUCGGCCCUGGCUGCGGUGCAGCAUCGCUACCGAACCUGCCUGGACCCCCAGACCGGGCUGCCCUGGGCCGGCAGCGGGGCCGCCUGCUCGGCCGAGCUACGGCAGGAGAGGCUCUGCCCGGACCCCCACGUCUGCCAAGACCUGUGCCUCUGGAGCCCCUGGGGUCCCUGGGCACCCUGCCGGGACCCCUGCAGCGGGGGCUACCGCCUGCGCCAGCGCCAGCCCCAGCACCCGGCCGCCGGCCGGCACUGCCGUGGCGCCCACUCCCAGACCGAGAGCUGCAACACCGCCGUCUGCCCAGGGGAGGCGUGCGAGGAGCGUGGACGAGCCUUUGCCGCGUCCUGCGCCAACGGCUGCCCCCGCGCCUGCGCCGACCUCUGGCCCCACGUCGAGUGUCUGCAGGGACCCUGCAAGCCGGGGUGCCGGUGCCCCCCAGGGAAGCUGCUGCAGGACGGGGCGUGCGUGCCCAUCGCCGAAUGCCGCUGCGGGCUGCCCGCUGCCAACAGCAGCCGGGAGCUCCGGCCAGGGCAGGUGGCCGAGCUGGAAUGCCACAACUGCACUUGUCGGAACGGGACCUUCGCCUGCCCGGCUGCGGCGUGUCCCUCCUACGGGCCCUGGUCCCCGUGGGAGCCCUGCUCCCGCAGCUGCGGCGGUGGCAACACCUCCCGGCACCGCAGCUGCCAGGAGAGCGCCGGGGGGGUGCCUUGUGGUGCCACCGGCACAGAGGAGAUGGCCGAAUGCAACGUGCAGCCCUGCCCUGCCGGCUGCCAGCUGAGCCCCUGGUCCCCAUGGAGCCCCUGCAGCGCCAGCUGUGGCGGCGGCACCUCCGAGCGGCACCGGGAGCUGCUGCCGGGGCCGGGGGGCCAGGAGGAGCCGUGCCCUCUCCUGCCGCUGCUGCUGCAGCGCAUCUGCAACGCCCGCAACUGCUCGCCGGAGUGCCCCGGCGGGCAAGUGUACGGGGACUGCGCCAGCGCCUGCCCCCGCACCUGCGCCCACCUCCACCCGGGGACACGGUGCCUGCCGGAGAGCUGCCAGCCCGGCUGCGCCUGCCCGCCCGGCCAGGUGCUGCAGGAUGGCGCCUGCGUCCCCCCCGAGCUGUGCCGCUGCCGGCUGCCCCCCACUGCGCCCGGGGCCCACAACCUCUCGCAGCAGCAGGAGCACGCGCCGGGCAGCCGCAUCCAGCACCGCUGCAACAGCUGCAUCUGCAUCCGCGGCGUCUUCAACUGCUCCCAGGAGGACUGUAACGUGGACUGCCUGUGGUCCCCGUGGUCCCCCUGGUCCCCCUGCUCGGUGACGUGCGGAACGGGUGAGCGGCUCUCCCGCCGGCACCCGCUCCGGCAGCGCCUCUACGAGGGAGCAGAGUGCCUGGGGCCCCCCACGCGCCGGACCCUCUGCAGCCUCCCCGACUGCCCCUGUCCGACGGGCGAGCGCUGGCAGGGCCCCGACGCGCCGGACGGCUGCGAGCGAAGCUGCCAGGACAUCCUCGGCGAGCCGCCACACAACUGCAGCGGGCCCCCGGCCCCCGGUUGCGCCUGCCAGCCCGGCCGCUACCGCAACAGCACCGGCCACUGCGUCCCGGCCGCCCUCUGCGAGUGCCGGCACCGGGGGCAGCUCCACGAGGCUGGCAGCGAGUGGCAGGAGGAAUGCGAGACGUGCCGCUGCGUCAACGGGCAGGCUGCCUGCACCGCUGGCUGCCCCCCCCUCGCCUGCCCCGAGGGCGCGGUGAAGGUGCGGGAUCCGGGCGGCUGCUGCCCCGUCUGCCGGGAGGAGUGGCCGGAGGAGCCGCCCGCCACGUGCCGGCGCUUCACCGAACUGCGCACCAUCGCCAAGGGGCCCUGCGCCCUGCCCGACGUCGAGGUCAGCUACUGCGCCGGGCGCUGCCGCUCCCGCACCACCGUCACCGCCGAGGAGCCGUACCUGCAGAGCCUCUGCGAGUGCUGCAGCUACCGCCUGGACCCCGCCAGCCCCGUCCGCAUCCUGCGCCUGCCCUGUCCCGGCGGCCACGCCGAGCCCGUGGUGCUGCCCGUCAUCCGCAGCUGCCAGUGCAGCAGCUGCCAGGGUGGGGAUUUCUCCCGGCGCUGAGGACCACCCCCCCGCAGCUGGAUGCUUCCCCACCCCAUCCCCGGCAGCAGCGGUGGCACCCCCGGGAUGCUCCGGUGCUCCGGGCCCGCAAUAAACCUGCGGGAGCAGC